CCGGAAGCACUGACUGGCGGGAGCACGGGUCCGCGGAAGGCUCGAGGACGCGCAGGGCGGCGGGGGUCCGGGCAUGAAGCUGGGCCGGGCUGUACUGGGCCUGCUGCUGCUGGCGCCGUUGGCGGUGCGGGCGGUGGAGCCCAUCAGCUUGGGACUGGCCCUGGCCGGCGUCCUCACCAGCUACAUCUCCUACCCGCGCCUCUAUUGCUUCUUUGCCGAGUGCUGUAGCCAGAAGCGGAGCCUUAGCCGGGAAGUGCUGCAGAAGGACCUGGACAGCAAGCUCUUUGGACAGCAUCUUGCCAAGAAAGUCAUCUUAAAUGCCUUGUCUGCCUUCAUAAGCAACCCGAAACCCAAGAAACCUCUCACCCUCUCCCUACACGGGUGGACCGGCACCGGCAAAAAUUUUGCCAGCAAGAUCAUUGCGGAGAACAUUUACGAGGGCGGUUUGAACAGUGACUAUGUGCACCUGUUUGUGGCCACGCUGCACUUCCCGCACGCCUCCAACCUCACCCUGUAUAAGGACCAGUUACAGCUGUGGAUUCGCGGCAACGUGAGUGCCUGUGCGAGGUCCAUCUUCAUCUUCGACGAGAUGGACAAGAUGCAUGCGGGCCUCAUCGACGCCAUCAAGCCUUUCCUGGACUAUUACGACCACCUGGAUGGGGUCUCCUACCAGAAAGCCAUCUUCAUCUUUCUCAGCAACGCCGGAGCGGAAAAGAUCACGGACGUGGCCUUGGACUUCUGGAGAAGCGGGAGGCAGAGGGAGGAAAUCAAGCUCAGAGACAUGGAGCCCGCCCUGUCCGUGUCGGCUUUCAACAACAAGAACAGCGGCUUCUGGCACAGCAGUCUAAUCGACCGAAACCUCAUCGACUACUUCGUCCCCUUCCUCCCCCUGGAGUACAAACACCUGAAAAUGUGCAUCCGGGUGGAAAUGCAGUCCCGAGGCUACGGCGUCGACGAGGACAUCGUGACCAGAGUGGCCGGGGAGAUGACGUUCUUCCCCAAAGAGGAGAAGGUUUUCUCCGACAAAGGCUGCAAGACCGUGUUCACCAAGUUGGAUUAUUACUACGAUGACUGAGGGCGCCGACGCCGGCCCCCCGAGACUGCAACACCCCGGCCUCCCCAGCACCGCCCCACCCCGUCUGGGCAGGAGUCCGAUGAAUUGGUCCUGUUUCCCGGGCGUCGUGCUCCGCCCCGCGGGCCGCAGCCCCCAGCAGCCCCCGGAGGAGCCUCUGGGAAGGAAGGAGCCGCUCCCAGCCCACUGGGGUCGGCUCGUGAUUUUUUAAAGAUCAUGUUUUAAUUUCAAGAGUUUCUGUUUCAAGGAAGGAUGAAAAAGUUACUGAGAAUGUGAUAACUUUAUUUAAAAUGGUUUUUAACAUUAUGAAAAGCUUUUCGGACUCGA